AUGGAUGUUUUUGUUGAUGGUGAAUUGGAGUCUCUCCUGGGGAUGUUCAACUUUGAUCAGUGUUCAUCAUCUAAGGAGGAGAAACCGCAAGAUGAGAUGCUUAGUCUCUCUAGCCUUUACAAUGGCCAUCUUCGUCACCAUCAUCAGAACAACGAGCUUGUCAAAGCCAAGAAAAAGCAGAGGGUAAACCAGGAAAGCAAUACAGUCGAUGAAAGCAACACUAAUUGGAGAGAUGGUCAGAGCCAAAGCAACAGUUCAGACGAUGAAAAGGCUUCCGUCACAAGUGCUAAAGGCAAAACAAGAGCCACGAAAGGGACAGCUACUGAUCCUCAAAGCCUUUAUGCUCUGAAACGAAGAAAGAAGAUUAACGAAAGGCUCAAGACACAACAAAACCUUGUACCGAAUGGGACAAAAGUCGAUAUAAGCACGAUGCUUGAAGAAGCGGUCCAUUACGUGAAGUUCUUGCAGCUUCAAAUCAAGUUGUAA